AUGGUAUCCAAGCGCACGAAAACUUCCACUGGCCGCAAGAAGCGAUCGAGAAGGACCAAGAUCCGACAACCAGCAGCACUCUCGCUCUUCUUCAGACUCCCAGGUGAAUUGCGCAACGUCAUCUACCACAUGGCCAUGAGUCUGGGCGAAUGGAGACACGAUGCGCCUGAGGAUGAUUCUGGAGACCCUCGUUUCUACUACAUCAAGCGAGUCUAUUCCAUCGAUACACGUCAAGUCCGACACGGACUGCUCACAGUCUGCAAGCUGAUACGGCGCGAAGCGAUCUCAAUUUGGCUCGCCAGUCACGUCAUCACUUUCGAGGUUCACUAUCGAAACAUGAAUCGCAUUCUAUCCUGGCUUCACCUGAUGGUACGGAACUACAGGAAUCUGGGUCUGGCCGACCUCAUUCCACAAAUCCGCGUCGGAAUCUGCAUCACGGCUUACACGUGGUCAUGGGAUCUGUCGCUGCGGCUCCCACCUGCUCGCUUGACAAGGUUCUGUUGCGAGCACGGCAUCAAAGUCUACGAUUACACCCGCGAUGCUGCGGAAAGGCCCGGGAUCUUUGAGCUCUUGCUUCCUUCGAGAAUCAUUGGCUUCCAGGCGUAUCAAGAACGAUGGUCCGACGAAGAGCUACGAUCCAGGCUCGUGGAUUACAUUAUGCAGGCACUCAUGGAGUCACAGUCACGGAAGACGUCACGAUCCAGAACUGCCAUUCGAACCACAGUCACGCCGCCCGUCAAAGAACGUCCUGUCCGCGCUGUUCGGAACAAAGCGACUUCCUAUGCCGAAGCCGACUUCACAUUCAGCAUUGAGAAUUUCCGACGGCCUCUAGCUUACGGCUACAAUUCCUACUUGAACUCGCCUUGCGAGCCUGGUAAUAUCGAAGCCACCAUUGAAUUUCAGGGACGCAGAAUCAAGACGAGAUCGUGUUUUGGGUCCUUGGACGACCUUCAAGAGGUGUCUGUAACAAACGUCUGA